UAAACGUAAAACCCCAAUUUUCCACCCCCUCUGCCUUUCCUUUCCCAUCCCGGCACUCCCAUUAACUCUGAUCACUUUUAUUAACACACACAAAAACACAAUAAAACCCACAAAAACACACCCAACUGUGUGAAAACAAAGAUGGGUGAAGAAUGCACGAGCAUAGAAGAUUACUGCUACUCUGAUUAUGAACAGGACUCAGUUGAUGAGAAUUAUGGUGAUUUGGAGGCUGAGUCUCAGAUGAUCUUGCCUAAACGCCCUUCUACUAAGGUUAUCACAAAAGAGUCCCUUCUGGCAGCACAGAAAGAAGACGUACGUCAAGUGAUGGAAUUGCUAUCCUUAAGAGAACAACAUGCUCGCACUUUGCUUAUUCAUUAUCGCUGGGAUGUAGUAAAGUUGACUGCAAUUCUUGUUGAUAGGGACAGAGAUUAUUUGUUUUCUCAGGCAGGUGUACCUUUGGAUGAGAACCAUGUUGUUGGUUCUCUGGUGUGUUCAUCUACAGUUAUGUGCACUGUUUGCUUGGAAGAUGUGCCUGGAAGAGAGGUAACAAAAAUGGACUGUGGCCACAGCUUUUGCAACGAUUGCUGGACAGGCCAUUUCAUUGUUCAGAUUAAUGACGGGCAGAGUAAGCGUAUAAAGUGCAUGGCUGAAAAAUGCUUUGCCAUUUGCGAUGAAGCUGUCAUCAGACAACUGGUUAGUAAAAGGCACCCUGCUUUGGCUGAGAAAUUCGAGCGAUAUCUUCUCGAGUCAUAUAUUGAGGACAAUAAAAUGGUUAAAUGGUGCCCAAGUGUCCCACAUUGUGGAAAUGCUAUACGCACCGAGGACGAUGAAUUUUGCGAAGUAGAAUGUUCUUGUGGCUUACAAUUCUGCUUCAGUUGCUUAUCCGAAGCCCACUCCCCUUGUUCAUGUUUAAUGUGGGAGCUUUGGAGCAAAAAAUGUCAGUUGGAAUCAGAAACAGUUACUUGGAUUUCUGAUAAUACUAAAGCUUGUCCCAAGUGUCACAAACCUGUGGAGAAAAAUGGUGGCUGCAACCUUGUGCGUUGUGUUUGUGGGCAAUAUUUUUGUUGGUUGUGUGGUGGAGCAACUGGUAGGGAUCAUACUUGGACAACAAUUAGUGGACACAGUUGCGGUCGUUAUAAAGAAGAUAGCAGUAAGAAUUCUGAACGUGCAAAGCGGGACCUCUAUAGAUAUAUGCACUAUCUGAAUCGUUUCAAAGCUCAUAAAGAUUCUUUUAAGAUGGAAUCUGAACUGCGGGAGACCAUCACGGAGAAAAUUGAGGAUUUGGAAAACAAAUAUUCGAAUCUAAGAGAUUUUGAUUGGGUCAGAAAUGGUGUUUCCAGACUAUUUAGAUCAAGGCGUGCUCUUACAUACUCGUACCCCUUUGCAUUUUAUAUGUUUGGGGACUACCUUUUUAAGGACGAGAUGACUCCAAAGGAACGAGAAAGAAAACAGCUUUUAUUUGAAGACCAGCAACAGCAGCUCGAGGGAAAUGUUGAGAGUUUAUCGAAGUUUCUUGAAGAGCCAUUCCACGAGUUUCUUGAAGAACAACUUAUGGACACUAGGAUGCAAAUCCUUAAUCUUUGUGUGAUUACUGACAACUUGUGCAAAAAAAUGUAUGAAUGCAUCGAAUAUGAUUUAUUGGGUUCUCUCAAGUAUCGAACUCAAUGUAUUGCUCCUUACAACUCAGAAGGCAUUGAAAAGGCAGCGGAACUAUGUUGCAAUGCUGAAGCCAGUACAGGACGAUUAACAUAAACUAGAUAAUGAUCAGAGGUGGUAAAGUGGUCUGAACUCUGAACUUGUUGGAUUCUUAGUCCCCCUAAGGAUUCUGGUCCCACGUGACUUGGUUUUGUUAGCUAAACAAGCCAAAUGCUUUUCGUUUUACCCACUCUUAGAUCCUCAAUAGCAUUUACGGAGAAAGUUUAACGGUUUACAACUUACAAUUAUCUAUAUUUCUAAAGCUAAUAUAUCAUAGAAAACUUAUUAUGU